GCCAGUGCUUUGUCUCAAACCACUUAAUCUCGAUUUUGACUCGCCACAUCUUUCGCCAUCCGCUCCUCUUAACUCAUCCUUAUAUGCACCUGACCAUUUUCUGAACUUCGCUUGCAAACAUCGCCCAACAGCAACCCCAACAUCCAUUCAGCCUCGGACCGCAGCUGCACUUGGACGACCCAGGUGGCUGGCGUUAUGAUCUAUCAAGCCAUGGUCAUGCAUCUUAUUCUCCAGAAUGCGAAAGUGCUCAACAGCGACGGUCAAACCCAGUUCGUGAUGGGGAGAUUCGGAGGAAGUUGGGCUCAAAGAUUUGGGAAUAACGAAACGUGCGGUUAUGGGCAUUUUUGAGCAUGAGCAUCAGGAUGGGCGAAAGUUCACAACAUGAUGGCAAAUUCCAGGUUCAGCCUCUCCACCAGCUCACUAGUCGCUCCUUCCUCCGACACCCGAAUCCCUCCAAUCAAUUUCCUUGUCUGGUGAAGCCAGAGUAACAGGUGUCACCGUAUUGUCGUUCACGUUGGAUUUGUGAUGUUGAAGGAUUCUGUCGAUGAUUUAGAGUCGGCUGGUUGUCGACGACGACGCCUGGCCACUGUAGGAGCUCACAGGGAAUUAAAGAGAUAGCGAAGCCUGAUCAUGAGGCGGAUCCAGGAGAUCCUUGAGGGGUCUCAAGGGGUAUGGCUGCCUCUAGGGCGAUUGGUGAUAAGUGAUCUGAAAGUGCAAUUGGAGUUCAGACUUUGUGUUGUGCUGGCCAUUCCCCCCUUGACAACCGCUGGCGCAGCUUGGUGAUUUGGUUAUGGCGAUUGAAAGACUCGACUUGAAGAUUGAAGGUUCACUGUUCUUUCAAGUUGAACGCCUUUCACUCAGCAUCGAGAGCACAUCAGGUCUUAUCCGUUCAUUUCCCGAUGAUCCCGAACCGAAACAUUGUCAUCCCCGCCGACGGCACGAUAAUUUGUGCUUUGGAUCAUGUGGACCGGUCGCACCUCUUCUCAUGGAAUCUCACCUCAACUUGCGCAGCACCGGUGAUUCUGCGUCGGGCUUCCAGAACUUCCAGAACAUAAUCAGGUUCAUCGACCGGAUCAUUGGGCAACUGGACAUUGCCAUCUUCAUUCGCUUUACUUUCACUCGCAUUUUCAAUUGCUUGCUGCCCAACGGCUCUGUUGGUUACUUGGAAUUGCGACUGCUACCGUGUCUUCCAUAUAAGUACUUAAGUACAUUCCCGCUCCCACGUUUUCUGAUUGACAGAACUGCCACCUGUCGUAGGUCGGCAUCAUCUACAUAUAUAAUGUCCCCGUAUGAGUUGAUGCCAAUGCUGUGUUUCCUGUUCGGCGCAGCACGAGCUCCACCUUCCACAUUACUAUCUCUCUUACCACCAUCUACUACUCCAUUUCUCCCAGCACUUGUACUACAUAGACAAUGGGCUCCUCCGCUCGCGCUCAGAAUAUCAGUCUUGGCGACAACUCUACCUUUAUCAUCGCAGGGCAAGACGUAGUCCACAACUACAACAAUGACGAUCCUACCGACGUCCAACUCGCGUAUCCGCACACAGGAUCAUCAAUACCGCGUAGCACUUCCCCGGGAAAACUCACGGUGCUACAUCGUACGUUGGUCGACGCCAAGGAGAAGGGAUUCGAAGAGGUUGGGAUAGGGAAGAUCAUCGUGCGGGAAGAUGUUUCCUCGAAGAGUUUAGUCGUUCGCCUCAAGCCGACCAAUCCUUUUCAAUCAAGCAACGAUUCCUUGGUGAAAAUACGAAGAACAGUUCAGUUCGCAGAGAUCGAUGGUGAAAAUAUCGAUCGACGGUUUACGGUCCUCACAUUGGAUUCUGAGGAUGGCGAUGAGGAUGAGGGAGUUAUAUGGAAGCUAUGGAAGCAAGUGUAUGAGAAGUCGUCCUUUGGGCCCCGGAAAGCAUACUUACCCCAGCUUUUUGGAUUGUGCCGAUCGUCGAAGCCGGCUCUGGUUUACCAUCAAGAGCUUGUGGGUGGAGAGGAUAUCAUCGAGGAAUAUGCGAAAAUACCGAUUGUCUUUGCUUACCUCUGGUACAUACAUGUCACUUCUUAUCGUGCUAUAUUUGAAGAUGGCGUCGUGAAGAAGUACUCGAUUCCACUUUCAGAACACUAUCGGAACUGGAUUUUUAACCUGAGCACUCGCUCAUGGGUAUAUGAUAUCACAUCUAUCGCUCUCUCCGAUGUUGAAGACGAUUCUCCCCAUGUCUUCUUCGACAAUCCGCCUUUUCUUCCACGCCACUGCAAUCCACGUCUCGCCUCUGGCGAGAUACUGCGCGAUAUUCCGGAUUACCUGUCUUUAGUUUCAACCCUCAAGUCAAAACCAAACGUUGAAGGCUUCAAGGACUUUUUGCGGCAAGGAAUUCUGAGGUUUGGCGCUGUCAUUGAUCGCACGAACCCUGUAAUCCUCGCUCACUUUCCUGUCGUCCCGUCUCCGCAAUGGUACCAUAAGAGUAUGAAUCCAGAAAUCGAAUCCAGCUAUUCAAAGUCAGUUCCCUCGCGUCUCGAUCUCACUUUUGUGAAGAAGAGCGAUCAUGUCCGUUUGAAUCUACGCUUCUCGCUCCGACUACCAUUAGAGGCUCGCCAACGGCUUCGGGUUGCCUACCUAACGCAAACGACCUCUGUCGAUAAAGAUGAAGUCGAACAGUCUGAUCUAGUCCUUGUCGAGGAAAUUCGAUUCAAACUAGCUGGAGAUUUCACCUCGGAUCCCUCAAGUCAUAAACCGCCCAUACAUCUAUUCGUCCCGCCUCCGGCGAUUGAAUGGGCUAACGGGGCCCCUUUUAUUCGCUGGCCAUUGAGGGCCUCGUUUUACUACUGGUCGUUUGAUCCCAAAGGCAGGGAUCCAAUUGCGAAGGAAGAUUGGCAUCAGUACGGGAUUCCAACAUUGAAAGUCAAAGAUGCGUGGAUAGGGUCUAGUUGGCCAAAAGAGUUGUAUGAGGCGGCUCGGGAUUAUUUGGCGUUGAGCAGCUACGGUAUGGAUGGCGAACGGUUUGCGAGUGAAAACGGGUAUCCGAUUUUGGUUAAAGGUGAUCCCCACUCGGAUUGAAACUCGAGGCCACACUGAAGGAGUAUAUCAAUUCUUCAAGUAGGUUGAAAAGGUGCUCUGAGCAGGAAAAGGGUCAUACGUAGUCAAUCAACGCAACCUCAGAUACGCCGGUCUUGCGGGGUGUCGGCAUUGCGCUUUGUACGGAGCAUUCGGAAGUGUCAAAUCGUUAAAAUACUUUUUGUUCUUUCUUUGAGGGGCCUUUCUUCUGCAUCGUCACCCUCCGCGUCAAAAUAUUAUUUUGCUGUCCCC